UAAUGUGUGUGUUGUCUUUCUCUAUAUAUGCGGUUUUCUUGUCACCUUUCCAGUGCUUGUGUAAAAUUUCAUAACUUUAAUCGAAACUAAAACAAGAAAUUCGCAUUAAAUCCCAAUCCCAAAACCCCUCUCUCACAUAGAAUUAAAAUUAAAAAGCCUUUUUUCUCCAAAAUCAUUUCUUUGAGGUGAAAUAUGCAGAAGCUGUGGAGCUUCGAGAGUUCAUGCAAAUGGGCUUCUCCAAUUUCCUAUCUUUUGCAGUAAAGAUUCGAAUUUUAUCGUUUUCUUGACUGUUUUGGGAGAUGGGCUCGAGCCAAAUCGGCGGCGGAGGGAGUAAGAAUGGGAGCAGAGAGAGUUGCAGCGGCGGCGCGUCGUCAACUUUUGCGUUUUUCUUGUUUUCGUUUGUCGUUUUGGGGUCGAUUGGGGGGCUCUAUGCGAGGUUCAUGGUGGCGGCUAACGUGCGCGGGGCGGCGCACGGCUGCGAAGAGGACAAUGAGGGCUCGUGGGCUAUUGGAGUUUACUAUGGAGAUUCUCCCUUUUCGCUUAAGCCCAUUGAAGAAAUGAAUAUUUGGAAGGAGAAGAGUGCAGCUUGGCCUGUGGCUAAUCCAGUUGUCACUUGUGCCUCCCUUUCUCAUUCUGGUUUCCCCAGUAAUUUUGUUGCUGACCCUUUUCUCUUUCAACAUGGCGAUGUUCUUUACCUGUUCUUCGAAACAAAGAAUUCGAUAACAAUGCAGGGAGACAUCGGUGUUGCACGAAGUGUAGAUAAGGGAGCGACGUGGGAGCAGUUAGGGAUCGCCCUCGAUGAGGAUUGGCAUCUCUCAUAUCCGUAUGUCUUUGAGUACAAUGGGAAUAUAUAUAUGAUGCCCGAGGGCAGUGCGAAAGGGGAUCUCCGGCUCUAUCGCGCAACCAACUUCCCUCUGAAGUGGACCUUGGAGAGGGUCGUCAUGAAAAAGCCGCUUGUGGAUUCGUUUAUGAUUCUUCAUGAGGGGAAGUACUGGCUUUUUGGUUCCGAUCACAGUGGCAUUGGCGUGAGGAAAAACGGGCAGCUGGAGAUCUGGUAUAGCAUCUCGCCUCUCGGUCCGUGGAGACCUCACAAGAAAAACCCGAUAUACAACACGGACAAGAGCGUGGGGGCUCGGAAUGGGGGGAGGCCUUUCGUGUAUAAUGGAAACCUCUACCGCGUAGGUCAAGACUGUGGUGAGACGUACGGGCAUCGGAUACGUGUAUUCAAUGUGACCGUUCUCACAACUCUGGAGUUCAAAGAAGUCGAGGUGCCCUUGGGUGUCAAUGAGCCGGUUAAGGGACGAAAUUCGUGGAAUGGCGGCCGCAACCAUCACCUUGACGUGCAGCAGCUCAGCUCAGGUAAGUGGAUUGCAGUUAAAGACGGAGACAGAGUUCCCUCAGGGGACUCUGUUCGUCGCUUUGUUCUCGGUUUUGGUUCGGUUAUGGCGGUCGCUUUGCUGACCGUGCUCGUUGGAAUGCUUCUCGGAGCUGUGAAGUGUGCCGUGCCAUUGAGUUGGUGCCCCCACGAUGUCGGGAAGAGGAGCGACGCUUUCUUGGCUUUGGAGAGAUCGAGUUUUUUCUCCUCCAAGCUACGGCUCUUCUGCAGCCGCCUGAACAGAGGAUGCUCUGCUCUUCGAACUAGGAUAGGGCCGAACACGUGGACCGGAACUCUCGUCGUGGUUUCAACCGUCUUGUUUGCUGCGGUACUAGUGUGCACCGGAGUUCGGUGUAUGUACGGAGGGAGCGGCGCGCAGGAGCCGUACGCGGUGGAAGGGCACUACUCUCAGUUCACGCUACUCACGAUGACCUACGACGCUCGGCUAUGGAAUCUAAAGAUGUACGUCAAGCACUACUCGAGGUGCGCCUCGGUGAGAGAGAUCGUCGUGGUGUGGAACAAAGGAACCCCGCCUCAACCGGGCGACUUCGACUCGGCCGUACCGGUUCGUGUGAGGGUCGAGAAUCGGAACUCGCUCAACAACCGGUUCAAGCCGGAUCCCCUCAUCAAGACCCGAGCGGUCCUCGAGCUCGACGACGACAUCAUGAUGACGUGCGACGACGUCGAGCGCGGGUUCAAAAUCUGGCGAAAGAAUCCCGCCCGUAUCGUCGGGUUCUACCCGCGUCUCGUCGGGUCGAGGUACCGAGGCGAGAAGCACGCGCGUAAGCACGGCGGGUACAACAUGAUCCUCACGGGGGCCGCAUUCCUCGACGGCCAGGCCGCGUUCAGGUGGUAUUGGAGCGAGGAGGCCGAGGCCGGGAGAGCCUUGGUCGACGAGCUAUUUAACUGCGAGGACGUGCUGAUGAACUACUUGUACGCGAACGCAAGCAAGGGCGGCGUCACGGUGGAGUACGUUAGACCCGCGUGGGCGAUCGACACGUCGAAAUUCUCCGGCGUGGCGAUUAGUAGGAACACUCAAGCACAUUAUGGAGUUAGGAGCAAGUGUUUGAAGGAGUUUUCUGGUAUUUAUGGGAGUUUAAGUCACAGAAAGUCUAAUUUUAGAAGAAGGAAAGAUGGGUGGGAUGUAUAGUAUAGCUGGGGAUUAGUUUGUUGUUAAUUUUGUCUGACUUUUUUAGUUUAUUUUUCUCUCUUUUUUCUUUUUUCUUUUUACAAUGUAUUUCCUGAUAAUUGUUUAUAGUACAUCUUGUUUGUAUAUAUAUUGGUUUGGAUGA